GUUCUUACCCAUCUCCUGUCGUGAGGUCAAAGUAGCCAGCAGCGACACCCAACACUAGCCGUCCGCCCAUCAUCCCGCGGGGCAGACGACAGUUGCUGGGAGCAGACGACAAUCAGUGGAGCAGACGAUAAGAAGAUCAGUCUACUUUUACCCUCGUCAGGUGUGGCAGCGGUUUCGGUGGAAUGUUCUUCUAAGUAUCUGGUUUACACAACUUGGUCUUCUUGUGGUCUGUUUGUAACAUAAACUUGGUCGCAUUUGGUGAUAGUUCACCGACAUUACUUGGACGUCGAUUCCCAAGUCGGGAGUAGUAUCGUGGAUAAACAACACAAGGGAAGACUGUCACAGGUACACGCCUUGGAAGGAUGUGAAGACAAGGACUUCAUAGUCAAACUUUCAGACUUGAGUAUCGGACGACAAGACAAUGAAACAACGAGUACAUCGACGGGAGAGGAACCGAUUGCAGUCAAAUGGAAAACACGGCGGACUAACAAGCGAAACGACGCCCAAAUUGGAUGUCAAUUUGAACCCGUCCUUGCCUGAUGUCGGCGAUGUCACAUGGGCAGAGGAUAUUUUCCCGCGUUUCUCACCAUGGGUCGUCUGCGCCGUGACAAUGGCCGUCCGGGUGAAUUAUGUCUGUCAACCAAGGAACUGGUGGAUACUUCAUCCGGAUGAGAUUUUCCAGUCGCUGGAAGUGGCCCACUCCGAGGUGUACGGAUAUGGAUUCCGCACCCACGAGUAUCUGCCACCCCCCGGGGAUCUGAACGUGACCCAGGUGCGCUACAGUGAGCACCAGAUGGGGAUGCACAGCAUGAGGUCGUUCCUGCUGCCGCGCUUCUUCAUGAUGGUAGCGGUGCUGAUGGAGGGGCUCGGCUAUCAGGGGACACCGUUCUUGCUAUGGAAGGUAGUUCACACUAUCGUGUCAUCUUGUCUCCCAUUGGCUGUCUACAAAUUCACCCGACUCCUCUUCCGGUCACAUGACUGUGGUGUCCUGGCGGCCAUACUGACAGCCGGAAGUACACAUCUGUCCGUGUUUGGCACACAUACCCUCAUCAACAGCUUCUGUGCCACACCGUUAUUUUGUGGGUUAUACCUUCUGUUUAAAAACUGUUUUUGUGUUUCGCCAACGCUGAAGAAAGAUCCAAAAGUCCAGUCGUCUGCAGAUUGUACUGGGAACCUCCAUUACGUCACAAAACUCGUACGUUGCCAUGAGAAAACCAGAGAAAGCUCGGGAUCUGAGAAUACGUGCUAUUAUGAGAGGAGCAGUGGUUUGUGUCCUGGCUUUAAACAUGGCGACGGGGGAAUACAUGGCAUCACGAAAGGAUUUGCAAACUGUCCCGGAAUUAUUAUUGCAGCCAUAGUCCAAAGUAUGACAACCGGGAUAUCUUUAAUAAACAAUUCGUCUCGUUCUCGGCCAAAUGAACCAGUGAUUCAGAAAGAUAACGAUGUUACUGAUGAAUGUGUUUGUAGUAAACCAGAGUUAAAUCUUGUCAAUGAAAUGUCGGUGGAAAAAGAUUCCAACAUGAACAUCAUUACGAAGCAUCCACGACCACAGCCUGAACAUUGUGAACGUGACCAUGACAAAAGGGAGCUAACUCUUGCAUCUUUCAUUCUAGUGAUAUGUUGCUACAUACGAGUAGAUGCAUCUCUAUUUGUAGUCGUGACGUCACUUCCUCAUAUUAACUGGAAAUGCCUUGAGAGAUCUAAAAUUAUUUCGUGUAUUGUUGGUGCAGUCAUAGGACUUACAGUUUGUAUUUUGGAUGAUUUCAGUUCAUAUGGAGUGGGAGUUAUCUCCCCUUACCAUUGGUUUCAGUUCAACGUGAUUCAAGACUAUGCAGCAGUUGUUUUCGGAAGGAUGGAGUUUACAUGGUAUUUAAAGAAUUUGAUUGGGCAGAGUUCAUGUUUGAUGCUAUUCACAGCCUAUUUGUUCGGAACAAUAGGCGUUAAUUUACUGGUAUAUACAUCACUAUCCCAUUUAGAUAGACAUAGAUGUCGGGUCAUCAGCAAACUUGCUGCCUCCCUUGUCAUACUCAUGUUGCUUUACUCUGCUAAAGGGCACAAAGAACUACGCUUUAUGCAUAAUUAUCUAGUCUUAGCUUUUAUUGGCUAUUCGUAUUGUUUUUAUAUCAGUGCCAAGUACUUGAGAACCAUGAAAUAUGGCCUAACUAGUCAGGGGUUUAUAUUCAUGGUGGUUGUCCUGUAUAUACUGAGUCAGUGGCGCGUGUUCCCCUCGUCUGUCGACGAGUCAAACAAGACAUGGACUUACACAGGGAACACACAAUCUCAUGACGUCAUCACAUGUUUUGAUUACGUCAGUAAACAGAAUGACGUCACAGGUGUCUUCACGGACCAAAUGGUUCACAUGGGCGGAGGCUACACUGUGUUACAUCAAAAUGUUCCAAUACUUGGACUCAUCCAUUAUGAGUUUUAUGAAUUCAGUUACGAUACAAGGAAGAAUCUUUGCGCUGUGAAUGUCUUCGGAAAGAAGACAAAUGUGACUGUGAGUACUUUCAGCGACACCUCAGAAUUUGUUUCUGUGUACAAUACCCCGUAUGUUUUGAAACUCUUGGUGACCAAGAAACAUUACAAUUAUCUCGUUAUGAACACAGACAGAAAGUUUGUUAACACUGGAUUCCGAGAAGUGUUUAGAUCGGGGAAAAGGAAGGUCCUAAAACGGACCCUUGACGCAGAGGCAGAAAAUCAGUUGGAGAAGAUAGCUGCAACCAUCCCCCUCGGUAGCAAUGCAACAAUACUGACUUACGAGGCGGACUGGUUGAUGCGAUUCCGACAGUUUGACGUGGCCAUACCCCGCCUACAGAAAGCACUACAGCUGGAUGUCAAGCUAGUUGAGGCGUAUAAGUUACUGGCUUUGUGCUACACGGUGCUGGGGGACCAUCAGUCCUCGAGUGGCGUCAUAGACAGGUGUGUAAAGGCACGAGGCAGGAGACUGUGUUAUGAGAAUCCUCACAGGAUCCGUUUACACGAGUUAUACAGCUUCCAAGGUUAAAGUGAUUGCAGAACAAAAAGAUUUCGCCAUCAGUGCUGAUUGAAGAAGGUAUUGACUACACACGGGAUCAUGAUCCUUAUCUGAAGUACUUCUUUAACUAGUUCACAUUUUUUGUUACUUAGCUAAUAAAAUCACGAGAUGCAUUGGGUACAAGGGUGAAGAAUGUUGUGGUGAGGAAGUCUUAUAAACCUACUGCCAUUUUUGCUUAUAGUAUUGUAGGUAUUUUCCUAUCUUGUAAUAACCUCUUGUAGGUUUUACUUUUCCUUGUAAGACCUAAUUGUACUGUACGUUAUUCAUUAUACAAAGCAUGGCUAUGUACUAGGGCACAACUAAUUGUACUGUACGUUAUACAUUAUACAAACCAUGGCUAUGUGCUAGGGCACAACUAAUUGUACUGUACGUUAUACAUUAUUCAAACCAUGGCUAUGUACUAGGGCACAACUAAUUGUACUGUACGUUAUACAUUAUACAAACCAUGGUUAUGUACUAGGGCACAACUAAUUGUACUGUACGUUAUACAUUAUACAAAGCAUGGUUAUGUAAUAGGGCACAACUAAUUGUACUGUACGUUAUACAUUAUACAAACCAUGGUUAUGUACUGUUUGAUUUGCAUUCUAGGAGUUUGUGAGUAAGUAAGAAAACGUACAACUUUAUGGAUAACAACUUCUGGUUUAUUGCAUAUAGUGAUGUUUUGAUGUAGAUUCUUACACCGUUAUCAAGCUGGAGUGACAACAAUCAAGUGA